UUACCUGUCUCUCUCUCUCUCUCUCUCCUCUCUCCUCUCCUCUCUCUCUCUCCCCUCUCUCUCUCUCUCUCCCCCCUCCCUUCCUCUCUAGCUCUUUACCUCUCCCUCUCUCCCUCUCCCUCCCUCUCCCUCUUUCUCUCCCUCCCUCUCCCUCCCUCCCCCUUUUUCUCUCCCUCCCUCCCCUUCUUUCUCUCCCUCCCUCCCCCUGCCUUCCUCUCUCUCUCUCUCUCUCUCUCUCUCUCUCUCUCUCUCUCUCCCUCCCCCCCCACCCCUCCCUCCUUAGGUUGGCUCGGACGCAACCACUGUCAGCUCCUCCCCCAUCUUCACCCUUCCUUUCACUCCCUUCCCCUCGCCCUUUGGUUACGUCAGGCGGACACGCCGAUGAGCCAAUCACGGCGCUGCGUUUAGAGGCCGGCAAGCGGAACCGGUCGGGUUGGACCAAUAGGAGCCCUCGGAUUCGGCGCGCCCCAACCGGGCAAGGGAGGCGGGACCGAGUGGGCGGUGCUUCUGCGUCAGCAUGUGGGUGGGGACCAGCAGUGCAGAGGCGUUGACGACAGCGGUAGCGACUACGACGUUCCUCAGUCAUCGGGGACGCGGCCGCGGCGGCUGCGAGGCCGCGGGAGGCCGCGGAGGAUGGAGGAGCGGAAGGAGGAGGGCGAGGCCGAGAUCCAGGAGCACGGGCCCGAGCACUGGUUCUCGAAGUGGGAGCGGCAGUGCCUGGCCGAGGCCGAGCAGGACGAGCAGUUGCCCCCUGAGCUGCAGGAGGAGGCGGCAGCGGCCGCGCAGCCCGAGCACAAGCAGCAGAAGCUGUGGCACCUCUUCCAGAACUCGGCCACCGCCGUGGCCCAGCUCUACAAAGACCGAGUGUGUCAGCAGCCAGGACUUUCUCUCUGGGUUCCCUUCCAAAAUGCAGCCACUGCCGUCACCAACCUUUACAAAGAAAGCGUGGAUACCCAUCAGCGAAGUUUUGAUAUUGGAAUUCAAAUUGGCUAUCAGCGACGCAAUAAGGAUGUGUUGGCUUGGGUUAAAAAGCGCAGAAGAACUAUUCGUAGAGAAGAUUUGAUCAGCUUCCUGUGUGGAAAAGUUCCUCCACCGCGAAACUCUAGAGCUCCCCCAAGACUGACUGUAGUGUCCCCUAACCGAGCUACUUCAACGGAAACUAGCUCAUCUGUAGAGACUGAUUUGCAACCCUUCCGGGAAGCCAUAGCUCUGCAUGGUCUUAGUGGUGCAAUGGCUAGUAUAAGCGUGCGUUCGAGUACCCCAGGCUCUCCUACACAUGUAAGCAGUGGAUCGAAUGCUAGUCGAAGGAGAAAUGGACUCCAUGAUGUCGAUUUGAACACUUUCAUAUCAGAAGAAAUGGCACUCCACUUGGACAAUGGUGGAACUAGAAAGCGUACCUCAGCCCAGUGUGGCGAUGUCAUUACAGACUCACCAACCCAUAAACGCAACAGAAUGAUCUAAACUGCAAACAUUUUCACACCCACCAUGCUGCUUGAAAGCCACUUGAUCCUCAACAUAUACUAUUAUUGCAAAGGAAACAUGAGGCCAUCUUCCCUUGUUCACUGUUUUAAGACAAGUGAAUUCUAUAGUGGUUGCCAUAAAAGGAAGUUCUAGGUAUUAACAGUAGAUGACUCUUGUAACUAUGGCUUUCUUAAAACUAUAGUCCUAGCAGAGGACAUCAGAUAUCGUGUAGUCGUUAGCAAGAUCAUCAUAGGCAAACAUAUAUCCGUUUCAAGGCUAAAAGUGACCUUAACUGUAUUUAUUCUCAAAGGGAAAGGAAGUAUCAGAUGUUUAUUUGGUUAUAGAACGCUUUUUUUGGGGGGGGGCUCCAUUUCUUGCUGUGUUGAGUAUUUUGCUUCAACAGUAUUGCCAGGUUCCUAAAAUUGUCUAAAACACGUGAUUCGGCUUCCUCGUCAAAUUGCCAGGCUUCCUUUUUUUUUUUUUUUGUGGUACGCGGGCCUCUCACUGCUGUGGCCUCUCCCGCUGCGGAGCACAGGCUCCAGAUGCGCAGGCUCAGCGGCCAUGGCUCACAGGCCCAGCCGCUCCACGACACGUGGGAUCCUCCCGGACCAGGGCACGAACCCGCGUCCCCUGAAUCGGCAGAUGGACUCCCAACCACUGCGCCACCAGGGAAGCCCCAGGCUUCCAUUUUUGCAGCAGCACUGUACCAUGCACCUGGUUUCUCUCUAGUAACAGUGUGCAACUUCUGAUUAUUGAGCUGUGCCCUAUUUUUAGCUUUCAAAGCAGUUUCUAAUUCUGGUGAUUGUGUGAUGUAAAGAGGUGCUAUGAUGAUCAUGCAAUUAAUACUUAAUAUCGAAUCAAUACACAACUUUAUUGGAUUCACUUUGUGUGUGUUAGUGCUCUAAAAGUAGCAAUAUUAUUAAAUUGCCCCCAGAUUAACCUUGUAGGAUUAAAAUACUCAUUUUUAAGACAAGUACUACUUCCCAUGCAGGGUACUGUCCUUAUGGUAAAUGUAAACAUGUAGACUGCAUUCAUGGUGACCUAAAGUAGAGAGGUCAUGAACUUUAUGGGCUUCCUUUUUGGUUCAGUAUUAGAGCAAGAUGGAUGGUGGGAGGGUAGGUAUUCUAGUCUGUUAUAUUCUGUUUAACAUUUUUCAUGAAUGUUCUACUUUGUGCAGUUUCCAUUGGAAUGGGUGGAAGAUAAAGGUCUUUUAUCUGCUAAUAAUGUGAUCACACCUUAAACAGCAAAACCCAACUCUCCAAUCCCUCUCAUAAAAUGCAGUUUGGAAUCUCAUUCUGGAAAAGAUGGAAUCGCAUGGAGGUUCUCUAGUUGUUAGGUAGACUUAAAUAAAAGUUCUCAAUAGAUUCCUCUUUUGAGUAAAUAUAAGACCUCUUGUACCUACAAUGUUUUAGAGCAUGUUUCAUCUUCAUUUUUAAUAUCUUGAACUGAAUGGUAGUCUUUUUUUAGAUGAAGAACUGAUGUCAGCCUGCCAGGUACUGUAAUUUAUUCUAUCAUAUUAUUAUAAAUGUAUCAGGUAGGACAGUGAAAAUGUUUCCUUGCAAACUUGUAGCUCAGUAUCAGUUACUUUCUGUUUUUAUCCUUAAAAGACCAUUGCAAAUCAGUGUAAGGGUUUUUCCAGUAAUUACUCACAGCACUUUGUUAAAGUUUGCAAUUUCUUCAGCCAUUUAAUAAUCUUUCUGUGAAGAAACUUUGCUAAGUUAACCAUAAUAUUCAUUGACUGGGUGGGAUGUGAAUGUAAUGUGUGAACUGAAGAAGUUCUGUAUUCACUAUAGAUACAGCCCUUAUUUGAAAAAAGUCAAUUCCAUACUAAACCUAGGAAUGAAAGUGAGGCAUUUCUAAAUUUUUGCAAAAGUAGAUCAUUUUUUUUGUUUGAAUAUGAUAGGAAGAAUUAUAGCAAUGUAUCAUUUUACCGGAAACGGGUGAGCCUAUGUAUUAUGAAUACUUUCAGGCUUCCCUUUGGAAUACAUCAAGAAAUGAAUCUGGAGUUAUCUUUGUUUUUCUAUCGUUGUAAAUUUAGAUUCUGGAAUUGGGUUUGGUGGUGUGAAGCGUUGCUCACAAGCAGCCAGAACUCUUCCUAAAGGAUUUUGAGGCUGAGGAACACAUAUUUAAUCUCCCCUUUAUGCCUUGGUUCUAGUUCCUCUUUCCAAGUUAGUAACAACAACAAAAAAUUUUUUUGGUGGUUUUUGUUUUAGUUGGUGCUCUGAAGCUUAAUCUCAAUACCCUUUACUCUCGAUUGUCAAAUUUUGAUAAAACACGUGCCAUUUUCUUUGGUAAGAGAAAGCAGUUCUUCACGUCUGCCAGAACACAAGUUAUAUAUCUUAUUGGCUCCAUUAAACUUUUUGAAAACUUUAGCAUUUGUUAUUUUUUUCCAUUGCAUUGAAUUCUAAAUGCUCUGUCACCCAGCAGUAACUCUUCCCCCCAUCUCCGUCCCGUUGCUCUCCUGUGCCACCCGAGCACAGAAUAAACCAAGACCUAGGAGUAGAAAGGGAAAUGAUUUCUCUUAGGAAAACUUAGUUCUGACUGCUAGAUUUUUGCAGCCUUUCUUUGUGCCAUUUUAGAUGCAAAACAAAUCAUAGAAGAUUGCAUAUUUGUGUGAUACUUUUUAAUAAUUUUUUUUUUCAGUCUCUUGAGAACAGUGUAGGCUGACAGUUUACUUUGGGGGAACAGAACCUCUUUUCAUCUUAAGCUAGAUUCUCUGAUUCUUUUAGACGUCAUAGCUCAUGAGUUCUGUUCCUGUUACCCUAACUUGGCAUGAGUGGGUUGAGUUAUCCUUAAACUGCAGUGUUCUGAGCAUGGCUGAAGCAUUAAAAACUUAAGUAUAUAAUGUUUGGUAUUUUAUAGAGCAAAAUUAAUGGAAAGCAUUUGGCUGAAUCUAAAGACCUGCAGUCAAAUUCUUCAAUGUGGUUUACCCAACUGGAGUAGUGGUACACACCUUAAAUCAUUCAAUGAAUAAAUAAUUUAA